UUUUCGCGGCCCAUUGUUGGCUCCGAGCGGGCCGGCUGCGCGCUGCGCGGGGGUGUAACCUGAGAGCUUUUGCUACAAAGUCCCAGCGCCUGUUGCUGGAGCCGACAGAAGGUGCAGGGAACUGGGAUCUGUGCGCGGUUGGGCAUCUCUGCACCGAAGUCCGGGGAGAGCCACACGCCGAACUCUGAGAAGUCAGCGCUUUGCCGGAUUUAUUUCUCCUCUUUGGCGGAACUCACCGGGCACGGCUGAAGCGUCAGAUCGAGGGACUGGAGCAGCGCUCUCUUCCUCAGGCGGCUGGCCGGCUGCCCCCAGCAAGGGAUGGAGCCCGGGCGUAGCGCCUCGCAGCACAGAGUACGGGGACAGCGCUAAGCCGGCAGCAGGAGGAGGAGGGUUUGUGGAUCUGACUGGGAGCUGAGGGAUAAGAAGAAGGGACAACAGAAUGAGCCCCUUGUGGUGUGGCCUCCUGAGGUUCCUGGCGGUGGUAACAACAUGCGCUUGGCCAGCUGCUUCUACAGAAGGAACCAUGGAGCCAGAGAUGUUUGACAGCCACAUGCUGGAGGCAGAGGAGGAGCACCUGCUUCUGGACCCAGGGAGUCUGCUGAAGCUCUACUGCAGCACCAACCACAGCCUUCUCAUCGCAUGGUACAAGGAAGCCAAGCAGCUUUUCCCAAGCGGGCGCAUUCACAUGCGGCAGGGCAUGCUAGAGAUUGCCGAAGUCACCUAUGAAGACUCAGGACUGUACUCGUGCCGAGUACGGAGCACCGGGGAAGGCCUACGCAACUUUACCAUCUCUGUCGUGGAUUCAUUGGCAUCUGGAGAUGAUGAUGAAGACAGUGAUGUGGACAGUGCCCACGUGGAUUCAAAUGAGGAGCCCAUACACACCCGGAGAGCCCCCUACUGGACGCAUCCUCAUCGGAUGGACAAGAAGUUGUAUGCGGUCCCAGCAGGAAACACCGUCAAGUUCCGCUGCCCAGCCUCAGGGAGCCCCAACCCGACUAUCCGCUGGCUGAAGAAUGGACGGGAAUUUAGAGGGGAGCAUCGUAUUGGAGGGAUCAGACUGCGGCAUCAACACUGGAGUUUGGUCAUGGAGAGUGUGGUACCCUCGGACCGAGGCAACUACACUUGCUUGGUGGAGAACAAGUUUGGCAACAUCCGCUACAGCUACUUCCUGGAUGUACUAGAGAGAUCCCCACACAGGCCAAUCCUACAAGCUGGACUACCUGCCAACACCACGGCAGUGGUGGGCAGCGACGUGGAGUUCUUUUGCAAGGUCUACAGUGAUGCCCAACCCCAUAUCCAGUGGCUCAAACACAUUGAAGUGAAUGGCAGCAGCUAUGGCCCAGAUGGAGUCCCCUACGUGCAAGUGCUCAAGACGGCAGAUAUUAACAGCUCAGAGGUGGAAGUGCUGUAUCUGCGCAACGUCUCCCUGGAAGAUGCUGGCGAGUAUACAUGCCUGGCAGGGAAUUCCAUUGGCCUGUCCUACCAGUCAGCCUGGCUUACUGUGCUGCCAGAAGAAGAGCAAGUGCAAGAGGUGGAUGCCCCUGAGAUCAAGUACACUGACAUCAUUAUCUACACAUCGGGGUUCUUGGCCGUUGCCAUGACAGUUGUCAUUGUUGUCCUGUGCCGGAUGCAAACUCAGCCAAGCAAGCAGCCCCUGGAGCCCAUGGCUGUGCACAAACUCUCCAAGUUUCCACUCAUCCGCCAGUUCUCACUGGAAUCAAGCUCUUCGGGGAAGUCCACUACGUCACUGAUGCGUGUCACCCGCCUCUCAUCUAGUUGUACACCCAUGCUAGCUGGAGUCAUGGAAGUGGAAUUGCCACUUGACUCCAAGUGGGAAUUCCCAAGAGAUCGGCUUGUGCUGGGCAAACCACUAGGCGAGGGAUGUUUUGGGCAAGUGGUGAGAGCGGAGGCCUAUGGGAUCGAUCAGGAACGGCCGGAGCGCCCCAUCACAGUUGCUGUCAAGAUGCUCAAAGAUAAUGCCACUGACAAAGACUUGGCUGACCUCAUCUCAGAAAUGGAAAUGAUGAAACUGAUGGACCAGCACAAGAAUAUCAUUAACCUAUUGGGCGUCUGUACUCAGGAUGGGCCUCUCUAUGUGAUUGUGGAGUUUGCUGCCAAGGGGAACUUGCGGGAGUACCUACGUGCCCGUCGUCCUCCCACACCCGACUACACCUUUGAUAUUACCAAGAUGCCUGAGGAGCAGUUGUCCUUCAAAGACUUGGUCUCUUGUGUCUACCAAGUGGCACGUGGCAUGGAGUACCUGGAGUCCAAGCGGUGCAUUCACCGGGACCUGGCUGCCCGCAAUGUCCUCGUGACUGAAGAUAAUGUAAUGAAAAUCGCGGACUUUGGCUUGGCACGUGGUGUUCAUGACAUCGACUACUACAAGAAAACCAGCAAUGGCCGCCUGCCCGUAAAAUGGAUGGCACCGGAGGCCCUGUUUGACCGAGUGUACACGCACCAGAGUGAUGUGUGGUCCUUUGGAAUUCUGAUGUGGGAGAUCUUUACGUUGGGUGGUUCCCCAUAUCCAGGCAUCCCAGUGGAAGAACUCUUCAAACUCCUGAGAGAAGGUCACCGUAUGGACAAGCCCUCCAACUGCACCCAUGAACUGUACAUGAUGAUGAGGGAAUGCUGGCAUGCGGUGCCUUCGCAAAGGCCCACCUUUAAGCAGCUAGUGGAGGGGCUGGACAAAGUCCUGGCUGCCGUCUCUGAAGAGUAUCUGGACUUGUCGAUGCCCUUUGAACAAUAUUCCCCAUCCUGCGAGGACACAACCAGCACCUGCUCUUCCGACGACUCUGUCUUCACCCACGAUCCUCUGCCCAUCACCCCCUGCCUUUUCCCCUAUCACAAUGUGAGGACAUGAGGGGAGGGGCAGGCCAUGGACCCCAGGGAAGGUGUCUUUCUGUUCCUAGAGGAUUACACAACUUGGGAACAGAAGUCUUCACAUUGUCACUGGUAGGGGGAAAAAAAGCAAGGAACAGCAUCAGCAAGGCCCAAGAAUCUGCACCCUACGCUGCUGGAGCCUGCUCGACACCACAUGCAUCCAAAGGUUCCCCGGCGAGGACUGGAUGCCUUCCUUGUAAACUCCUGCAGGUGCUCCCAGUGCUCAUACUGGUGUUUCCAUGUCCUAUAAUCUCAGGUUCCUUCCAAGCUCUUGCUCUCUAAGCCUAGCCUUGGAUGCUGCCAGCUGACUGAGGAGUAGUACCACCACCACCACCACCACCAGAUAAGCAGGGAGGAGCCUAAUUCAGGGAAGAGGAGCACUCCCACUUGCCUGGGAUUCCACUCAACCCACGGGACCAUCUCCCCAGCCUCAGAGAACCCUGCUUGUUUGACGCGAUGCCCAAUUUAAUAAUAUUUUUUCAUGAAAUGUCAUUAUUGGCAGGAGCCAGCCAGCCUUCUCAGCCCCCCCCCCCCACCAUCUGGACACACAACCACAAGGACAUACAUCUGCACAGAGCAUGGAUCUUCCUUUCUGGCUCCUGCUGCUGCCCCCUGUACAUAACCCUAGAGAGAAAUAUUUAUGUACAUAUCAUUUCUAAUGCACAUGAAUUAUCCACACCCAUAAAUUAUUUUUUUUUUGAAUAGA